UAAGGGCUCAUUCUAAGCCAUUUAUAGCUGAAUAGGCUUUCGUCUUGUCAUACUUAGCCUUGUUUGCUGCUCUUUCAUUUCAUUCUUUGUCAUUUAUCUGAAAUUAUUGUACCGCAACUAAACAAUUUUGCAUUAUGGAUUUACAUUUUUUAUCUGUUGAACAGCAAACAUAAACAAAAAGUAAUAAACUCAUUAUUUUCAUUAAUUUUACAAAGUAAACAAUUUGUUUGCAUUUGCGCGAGCAUAUUCACGCAGCGCUGUCUCGCGAGUGCAGUGCACGUUUUUGAAUUCCAACGGUCGAGAAGAGACUGAUCCCCGUCUGCUGAUUUAAAUUGAUGGUCUGACGGAAAUAUUGUUGUGGUAAGUCAGAGAAAUACAUCGAUUUUUUUAUGUAAUUUACUUGUUAUAAGCUUUAAACCCAUUAGUAAUGAAGUUGUCAAUGUUUCUACAGCGGAUUUACACUUAAACACGAAAGAGCCUGAACCGCGACGGUGUCACAAGUUGCCUUACAUCGAUUACAUAAUGGUAGACAAAUGGACAACAGAUGAUGUCUGCAAUUGGCUCCAAACCAUCAACCUGAUUGAUUCCAAAGAAGUCUUCAGAGAGCAAGAGAUUGAUGGAGAAACCCUGUUGGGCUUAACAGAAAGGAUGGUGCAGAAACUAUUCCCCACAAUGAAACAGCAAGUGAUCUUUUUAAAGGAACUUGAAAGACUCAAGAGAUCGUCUUCAAUGGAGCAAAAGUGCUGUGAGCCGUGGCCUGCAGUUUUUAGCCUCCCUGAUUUUCCACCAGAACUUAACGAAUCAUUACAGAGGAAGGAUCCAUCUUUCAAGAAAAAGGAAAAAUCACAUCUGCGAUCACUGCUAAUUCAAGUGUUGUUUGAUAGCAUCACAAAGUACACAUGGUAUCCAAGCCACAAGAUAUACACGGAUGUUCUUGGAAGUCUGAUCAAAAGAUUUCCUUUCCUGAAGGAUACUAGCCCCUCUGGUCAUGAUACCCUUCUGCAUUGUCUGCGUAACAAAUUUAAAAAAGAGAGAAUUCCUUUAGUGCAUUCAUCAGCAGUUCAAGAGAUGAAGAAGAAAUUUGGUGUUAAAAGGAAUGCACUGGAGACUCAGUCUCUGAUGGCCUUGUCUCUGAAGAGGAGGUAUACACCAGUAAUUUCCUAA